CGCCGCUCCACCGCACUGGAGACAGACUCCAGGAUGGCGCACGUGCGGGUGGCCGUCCGGGUCCGGCCGCUCAGCUCCAGAGAGAGGAGAGAGGGGGCAAAGAUAAUCGUUAACGGAGACGACAGGAACGUCACCAUACAGGAUAUCCGAGUGCCGGAACAUCCGGGCUGCGACCACCGGGCCCGCUACAAACAUUUUCGCCUGGACGAGUGCUUCUUCUCAGACGGUGAACGUGCUUCGCAGCAGGAGCAGGUUUACGCGUCGCUGGGCCGUCCACUCCUGGACGAUGUGCUAGCCGGUUACAAUGGCUGCUUGCUGGCCUACGGCCAGUCCGGCUCCGGCAAAACAUACACCAUGCUCGGUAACCCGGAGCUCCUGCAGAAGCUGUCUGCAGCUGGAUCCGAAUGCACGAUGAGCCUCAGCUGCGUCGAGGUGUACAACGAGACCGUGCGGGACCUGCUCAUGCGGCGGCCGCAAGGUCUGCGCGUCAGGGAACAUCCCCAAACAGGGCCUUACGUGCAAGGACUCGGCAUGCAUCUGGUGUCCUGCGCCGCGGAGCUGCGCAGCCUGCUGACGCGCGGCAUGAGCCGGCGCCAGGUCGGCGCCACGCAGCUGAACGGCGCCAGCAGCCGCAGCCACGCGCUGGUCACGCGAGAGGGCUGA